AUGCACUUGCUAGCAAAUGAGAUUGCCAAGUCUGAUCGACGUUUCAGCUUGAUGUCUUACGAAAAAUUAGAAUCACCCAACCUUUACACUGCGUUUUCACGCUCAAAAAGGAGACUUGAAAGGGAUUUGCCAAGCUGGAUCGAUACGGAAUCAUUGGGGAAGAAUGACGAACGUUCAUACUGGCAGGACCGUAUAAACAAUGCCUAUCAAAACCUCUCAAAGCCUUUUCUGAACCGGGAUCGUGCCUUCUGUGGUCGCACAGCGGUUGCCGAGGGAGUCCAGUCGGAACCUGAACUUGACUCCGGUGAAAGCGCUCCAUCACAGCAGCUCUGUGAUAUCAGCACCGAAAUUUUCGGUUUCUCCGAAGCUGAAUCCGACGUCGACUGA